AUGAGUCAGGUACAAGCUGAAAACACUGUCGUAGAGGAAAGGAUAGUAAGUUUUGAAGAAGAAGUAGAAACAUUUUUAAUUAAUUUACAUGAUUUUGUAUAUCAUCGAAAUGCUGAAGCUAUAAAGAAAUUAUUUGAUACAGAUUUUUAUACAAUAUCUGAUUUGUAUUUUAAAAAUAUCCGAUGGCCAUCUAUAAAACAAGUUGAUGAAUUUUAUAAACAAAAAAAUAGAUUCCAUAAUUUGAUACACUCUUUAUAUGAAGAAUUAUAUUAUCGUCAUGUAUUUAUAAUUAAUGAUGUAACAUUAGAAGAUCGUAAAAAUACAUGGGAAAAUUAUAAAUGCUUGUUAAACUUUAUAUCAAGUAUAUGUACAGAUAAUGAUGCAAAUGAUAAUGUAUUAGUUAUGCCAAAUGUAUGGAUAUAUGACUUUUUAUCAGAAUAUAUUUAUCAAUUUCAAUCUAUGUGUCAUUUUAAACUAGAAUUAUUAAAUUCUCCUGAAGAGAAUGAAAAAGGUAUUGAUUUUGUUGUAAAAAAUCCAGAUGUUUUUGAAAGUAGUAUAGUAUUAGAGGUAUUACAUAGUUUAUUAUUAAAAGGUGAAUUUUCUACUUUACCUGAAGAAGAAAAGGUUGCAUUUGUAAGUAAUGUAUUUAAUGUAAAUAAUGAAGAAUUAACAAGUAAAUAUCAAUUUUCUUAUUUUUCAUGUUGUAUAUUAUUGAAUGUAUAUGUAUUGUUAGGUGAUUAUUAUAGUGCACUAAAAAUAAUAUCAAAUAUACAAUUGAAUCAUAAACAAUUAUAUUGGAAAGUAACUUUAUGUCAUAUAAAUAUAUAUUAUAAUAUUGCUUUCUGUUAUAUGAUGUUAAAAAGGUAUAAUGACAGUAUAAAAAUUUUAUCACAGAUAUUGAUUUAUUUGUCAAAACAAAAAGCACAUAUAUCAAAUCAACAAAGAUAUCAACAAUCAUUAAUAAAUAAAUUAAUAGAUAAAAUGUAUUUAAUUGCUAUUAUAUGUCAUUCAUUAUGUAAUACAAGAUUAGAUGAAACUAUAUUACAAAAUAUUAAAGAAAAUUAUUCAAGUAAAUUCUAUUCUUUACAAUCUGCUAAUGAACAAGCAUAUACAGAUUUAUUUUAUCGAGUUGCUCCAAAAUUUAUUGAUCCAGUAUCUAAUAUUAGUUUUCAAUUAUUAACAAAUUUUGAAAAUCCACAAAAUCAAACAUAUAAUUCAAAUCCAACUUUACGACAAUUAUCUAUUUUUUUAAAAAAUGUAACAUAUCAAAAAAAAACAUAUCAUCUAAUGUCUUAUGUUAAAUUAUAUCAUAAUAUUCAAAUUAAUAAAUUAGGAAAUCUAAUGAACUAUCAAGAAAAGGAUGACGAUAAUGUUUAUUGUGAUAUUAUGUGUGUUAAAAAUUAUAACAGACAAUUAAUUUGGAGGGAAGGUCCAUUAUAUUCAGGAGAAAUAACUACAUCUAUUUUUGGAAAUACCUUUGAUUUUUAUAUUGAUAUAGAUAUUUUAAAUAUUAAAACAAGAGCACAACAAAAAAUAUUUAUUGAUUAUUUUAUUCAUCAAAUAAGUAUGUGUAAAAACCUUACAAAUAAUUUACAGGGAAAUAGUUCUGGUCAUCUUUACAAAAUUAAAUAUGACAAUUAUAAAAGAAAAGGCAAAGGAAAAAAUAGAAACAAACAUGGAAAUCACCAAAUCCCAGUUAUGCAAUAA